ACUGGGCAGCGGUGGGUGCCGGCGCUGGGCUUGACCGCGGGGCCAGGGGGCAGCCGCGGAGGGGCGGGUAACCCCGGCCCAUAAGUAGCCUGUCCCCGUGACAGGACCUGGCGCUGCCGGCACGUCCCGCGGCACCAUGGCGGAGAUGCUGCCGGCAUCGGUGACCAAUGGCACCGCCGAGGGGACUGAUCCCGAAGGGGAUGCAAUCCGGAUGCUCAACACCCUGCAGACCAAUGCCAGCUACCUGGAGCAGGUGAAGCGGGAGCGUGGUGACCCCCAGGCCCAGCUGGAAGCCAUGCAGGGCUUUUUGGAGAGAAGUGGACUGAAGGUCGAGGACCUGGAUCGACUGAACAUCAUCCACGUCACGGGGACGAAGGGCAAGGGCUCAGCGUGCGCCUUCACCGAGUGCAUCCUCCGCAACUACGGGCUGAAGACAGGCUUUUACAGCUCCCCUCACCUCGUGCAGGUGCGCGAGCGGAUCCGCAUCAAUGGGCAGCCCAUCAGCAAGGACCUCUUCAACAAGUACUUCUGGCUGGUCUACAACCGCCUGGAGGAGACCAAGGACCCAGCACACUCCAGCAUGCCGGCGUAUUUCCGCUUCCUCACCAUCAUGGCCUUUCACGUCUUCCUGCAGGAGAAGGUGGACCUGGCAGUGGUGGAAGUUGGCAUUGGUGGCACCUAUGACUGCACCAACAUUGUCAGGGCACCGGUGGUGUGUGGGGUCUCCUCCCUGGGCAUCGACCACACCAGCAUCCUGGGGGACACCAUGGAGAAGAUCGCCUGGCAGAAGGGGGGCAUUUUUAAGCCCGGUGUGCCGGCGUUCACCGUGGCGCAGCCGGAGCGGCCGCUGGAGGUGCUGAGGGAGCGAGCCCAGGAGCGGCAGUGUUCCCUCUACCUGUGCCCAGAGCUGGAUGACUUUGAGGAGGGCUGCGGGGCGCUGGAGCUGGGGCUGGCCGGUGCCCACCAGCGCUCCAACGCCGCCCUGGCCUUACAGCUGGCGCGGACGUGGCUGCAGCGCCGCGGCUGCCAGGGUCUCUGGGAGCUGAAGGAGGUGCCACCGAGCAGCGAGCUGCUGGGGAGGCCAGUGCCACUGGCGCCUGCCUUCCGACUGCCCGAUGCCAUGAUCCAAGGCCUGCGGGACACAGAGUGGCUGGGCCGGACUCAGGUGCUGUCCCACGGCCCUGUGACGUGGUACCUGGACGGAGCUCACACCACCAGCAGCAUCCAGGCCUGCGUCCGCUGGUUCCGCCAGGCCGCCCUCAGCCAGGACAAGCCUCACGAUGGUUCUGAGGUGCGUGUGCUGCUCUUCAAUGCCACAGGCGACCGGGACACGGCGGCGCUGCUCAAGCUGCUGGUGUCCUGUCACUUUGACUAUGCUGUUUUCUGCCCCAACUUCACGGAGGUGUCGUUGGCCAACAACGCAGACCAGCAAAAUUUCAACGUGACACUGGAGAAUGCCCUGACCCGCUGCCUGGAGAACCAGCAGACGUGGACAAGGCUCCUGGAAGAGAAAGUGGGGCAGGACCCCUGGCUCCCAUCGCCCCCGCGGGUGGGGGGGCUGCUGCAGCCGACCCCCGCCCGAGGCUCCCUGCUCCUGGUGCCCCCAGCACCCCGACCCCUCAAUUCCCCAGCCCUCGUGUUCCCGUGCCUGGCCCAGGCGCUGCGGUGGGUAGCACAGGGCCGGGACCCCCAUCUGGCAGCCCCCGUGGCCUCGGGGGCUCACCCGCACCCCGCAGCCAGCAGCGGGGCCGUGCUGCUGCGGGAGGCGGCCGCUGUCCAUGUCCUGGUCACCGGCAGCCUGCACUUGGUGGGCGGCGCCCUCCGGCUGCUGGUCCCCGCCCUGUCCCAGUAACGGGGGACAGGGCUUUGCACCUUUGUUUACUUGAAGCAACAGUUUUGCCCCCGGUGAUGCUCGGAGGCAUCUGGAGGGGGAUGUGGGACACCCUGCCCCGUCCUGGCUUGGCUGUUUUCACCCCAGUGCCUUUUGCCUGUGCCCUUCCCAGGACACUGUCCAUGGGGGGAUGCUCCUGGUCUCCAUCCCCUCCCUGAUGAGACUGACUGGGGGAACCCCCAGGGUUUGGGGGGCUGCCCCAGGCUGUGAUGAGAUCCCAGUGCCUGGUAGGUGGGAGCCUCAAGCUGUGGCAAGGCUCAGCAUCAGGGCACAAUUAAUUUAAUAUAGGGAAGAUUUUUAUUAUUAUUGAUAAAAGUUUGUAACUUGGACGGGGAGCUGGGGGGAGUGGUGGGUUCUGCCCAUCGUCCUGUGGGAGGGCAGCAGCCUUGCACCAUUCUCCACAAAUAAACCUCCUGCUGCUCCCA